AUGAGCUCACCCAGAGGACGUCCAUCCUAUCCUUCAGCUGGGCAGCCUCUCUCAUCACCCAGGAGCCACGAAUGGAGCCACCCAACCCAUGUGCCUCGAGAAUCCGCGAGGCGGGACCUUGAAACAAUGAACCCUACGGACAGCCCGGAGUAUGCCAUAGGAAGAAACACCCGACCGGGUGAUGGAAUGUCCAGAGGAGCCUCAAACUCUUAUUCCCAGAGACGGACAUCCAACCGGGAUGAAUUUGACGGCCCAUAUCAGUUUCUAGAGCCGCCUUCUCCACAGGCCAUAGCAGCUCAGGACAAGGAGCUGCCCCAGCUCCCUACUAACCUCGAUGCCGGAGAACAAGACAGCAUCCUCCACAAGGUCAAUGAAUGCCUGUCCCAGUGCGCUUAUGACUUCAUCGCAAAAUAUCAAUUCCGUGUUCCUGUCGAGCAGGACAAAAGACGUGUCAAGGUCCCCUCGGACCGCGAAUGGACUGAAUGGGUGUAUCUCUUGAAGCGACUGGCCACCACCCGCCGUAUCCCAGCUCAUCUCCUGUACAACCGCCAAAUUAAACAACUCAUCACUGUCCUGGAGAACUCCCUGGAAAUGCGUCAUGCUGCCAAGCAUCAGUCCAGACCCGUCAAGGAUGACCGCAACGUGUUGCAGCUCAUAUCUGCGGGUAUUCAGGUUGCCAAAAUCCUAAGGGAUUCCACUGCCAUGCAGCUACUCGAUUCUCUUUAUGUUGAGACUGAGAAGUUGAUUCUUGAGCGACGCGGCCGCCGUGUCAGAUUUGCAAAUCCUUAA